AUGUCCCGGACGCGGGGGCGGGUCCGACUGCGCCUCCCGCAGGAAGAGGCGGGGACUUCAAAACCGCGGCGGGAAAAGACCCGGAAGGUUCCGGCGCUCGCUCCGCUGUCCCGCGCUCACAGCGCUAUGCCCGCUGGUUGUCAGCCGCUCGCUGCUCUCGAGCCCGAGCCCGAGCUCCCUUCGCGACCUCAUGGCGAGCUGCAAUACCUGGGUCAGGUAGAGCACAUCAUGCGCCACGGUGUCCGCAAGGAGGACCGCACCGGCACUGGCACCCUGUCGGUGUUUGGCAUGCAGGCGCGCUACAGCCUGAGAGAUGAGUUUCCUCUGUUGACCACCAAGCGUGUGUUCUGGAAGGGAGUUCUGGAGGAGCUGCUCUGGUUUAUCAAGGGCUCCACCAAUGCUAAGGAGCUGUCUUCCAAAGGCGUAAAGAUCUGGGAUGCCAAUGGAUCCCGUGACUUUUUGGACAGCCUGGGAUUUUCCACCCGAGAUGAAGGAGAUCUGGGCCCUGUCUACGGCUUUCAGUGGAGGCAUUUUGGAGCAGAAUAUAAGGAUAUGAAUUCAGAUUAUUCAGGUCAAGGAGUAGACCAGCUGCAAAAGGUUAUUGACACAAUCAAAACCAACCCUGAUGACAGAAGAAUCAUCAUGUGUGCUUGGAAUCCAAAAGACCUUCCUCAGAUGGCCCUGCCACCCUGCCAUGCCCUUUGCCAGUUCUACGUGGUGAAUGGUGAACUCUCCUGUCAGCUGUACCAGAGGUCAGGAGACAUGGGCCUGGGGGUGCCUUUCAACAUUGCCAGCUACGCCCUGCUCACCUACAUGAUCGCACACAUCACAGGCCUAAAGCCAGGUGACUUUAUCCAUACCUUGGGAGAUGCACAUAUUUACCUGAAUCACAUUGAGCCCCUAAAAGUCCAGCUCCAGCGCGAACCAAGACCUUUCCCCAAGCUCAACAUUCUUCGAAAAGUUGAGACAAUUGAUGAUUUCAAGGCUGAAGACUUUCAGAUCGAAGGAUAUAAUCCUCAUCCAACUAUUAAAAUGGAGAUGGCUGUCUAG